UAAAAGGAAGCUAGAGCCAAUUGGACCUGCCCCCGCCACACACGACACACAGCACAGCGCGCUCUCGAGUCUCAACGUCGUUCCGUCUCGUUGAGGCUCUGUGGUUUUCUCUCUCGCAACGACGUAAACUCUGCCACACUUGCAUCUGCCCUUGCACCCCAUCCCGCAUCCCGCCGCCACCACCACUACCACCACCACCACCACCACCACGCUUUCUCCCUUUAGUGGGCUCCCGAGCAUCGUGGCUCAAUCGACCUUGCCUGAAUUCUCGAAAAACAUCGGAUCAACGAAUUCUCUCGCAAAUCAGCCACAACCAUGUCGACCUUCCGUCGGGUCGACGCCCGCCCCCAGGACCCUACAAUCCCAGGAAAAGAAUACUACCCAAACCAACCAAAAUCCCUCGCCGGCAUAGCCCUCCGCGCCUUCCUCCUAGGCACAACCUUCACCCUCGGCCUCUUGUCUCUAACCUCCAUCCUCCUCUUCACAUCAUCCCCCCUCUGGCGCCUCCCCUUCUUCCUCUCUGCCCUCUCCCUCUUCCACUUCCUCGAAUUCUACACAACAGCAGCCUACAACACCCCGCAAGCAACAGUCCACGCCUACCUCCUAACAGCAAACUGGCCCGCCUACGCAAUCGCCCACGCAACAGCCUUUGCAGAAUGUCUCCUCACAAAUCUCGUCUUCCCCAAUAGCGUCUGGGCACCCUUUGGCCUCCGCACCCCGUUGCUGCUCACAGGUCUGCUGCUCGUUGGCAUCGGCCAGACAGUUCGCUCCGCGGCCAUGGUCACGGCCGGCCAGAGCUUCAACCACACCAUCCAGCACUACCGCGCCGAGUCCCACAUCCUCGUCACGGGCGGCGUGUACGCCUACUUUCGGCACCCUUCGUACUUUGGCUUCUUCUGGUGGGCCAUUGGCACCCAGCUCGUCAUGGGGAAUGUGGUGUCCUUGGUGGCAUACGCCGUUGUGCUGUGGUACUUCUUCUCAAAGAGGAUACGCCACGAGGAGGAGCUGUUGGUGCGCUUCUUUGGGCAGGAUUACGAAGACUAUCGCAAGCGUGUCGGGACCAUGAUUCCCUUUUGCGGGCAGUAUGGAUUCGCGGCUCUGUGAGGCUCCCAGCCUUUUUAGCACGCGA